UGAGUCAUCAGAUGACCAGCGUCAGCCUCGCCUUGGUGGCGGCUGUGUGGGUGGUGCAGAUGUGCAAUGGGCAGAUGGUGACGUCCCCGCUGAAAAACGACAUGCCCAACAAGAGAUGGUACACAUCAUACAGAGCCGCAUGGAACGUACGUAAGCACACACGCAACGGAUAGAUCAGGAAUGGGCAUCAAGCUCUGUAUGUGUGUGGUGCACUGCAGUUGCGUGACAAGCCCGACAGGAAGAUGGCUCUCCUCAUCGAUGACACACAGGAAGAGUACAGGGACUUCUUCGCGUAAGCCGCGCGCAGACGCGCAUCAAGCACAUCAUGCAGGAUGCUCUCGUGUUGGUGCUGACAGGAAGGAGAGUGUGGACAACAUCGUGUCGUUGCUGGCGGCCUUCCGCAAGGCUGGGAUGCCCGUGGUGUGGUCCUACUGGGCCAGGCGGUGGCAGGACGGCAAGACCGGCAGCAUGGACAGAUUCUAUGGAGAUGCGGGCACCGACAGCCAACUCAACCCCAACGUCAGCACCCCAGCCAGACACACAUGACAGUGGUCUGGACGUGACCUUCGCCUGUGUUUCUAGUACAUCUGGAUGGAUAAUGGCUUUGAGAUCAUGCACGAGGUUGCGCCGACCAAGGAAGAGGAGCACAUGAUAGUCCCGUCAGAGCACCUGGACAUGUUCAGCAACAUGGACAAGGACGGAUACUCCAUCAUCCACGGCAUGCUGCAGAAGCUGGGCGUCGAUACCAUCGUCACCGGUAGGGCCACACUCACACGUACUGUAUGCACAGCCUCUGCAUAUGUGUGUGUCUGCAGUGGGUGCAUGGACGGAUGAGUGCAUCCUUGCCACGGCGCUCUCCGGCUUUCAGAAGGAGUACGACUCAAUCGUGCCAUGGGACGCUGUUGGUAAGCACUUGCCGCUGCCAACCAGCCAGCAACUGUUACACACCCAUACACACACAUUCGCCGCAUCGAUUGAUCAGGUACGCCCAGCCCGUAUGGCGAUGAAGCGAUGAAGAUCAUGACGUCCAUCUGCUGCCGCACGGACGUGUCGGCCGACAUUGUUGCCUACCUCGAGGAGCGCUCCGCUGCCCAACCCAAAGCCAAUACGCAAAUCGAGCUAUGAGGGGAGGGAGGGAAGGAGGGAGGGAGGGGUGUUUUAUUGUUUGUUUAUCUCAUGUGUUUCUUGUCGUUGUACGUGUGGAUGAUGGUAUGGCGUGCAGACUUGCAGAAAGGUAGUGAUGGAGAUUUAAUGUUUCCGUGAUGCGCUCUCAGUCGGCCUUUUUCUGACUGACGCAUGACAUGACAUCGGUGGAUGUAGCUCUGUGUCUGAAAGCGAGAGGUCUUUUUCGUCCCCCCGCGGGAGAUGCAUGGAUGGAUGGAUGGCAUGUGGACUUGCAUUUGCCUUGGAUGAGCUCCGUAUGUGAACAUGUGCGUGUGCUUAGGCCAUUCAGACCCGAGCUGACUCUUCCUUCAACGUGAGAAUGGUCUGAUGCGUG